CUAAAAUUUGUUGUCCAGUGUAAUUGACAGUUGCAGUUGGGAGUUUAUAAAUUGCUACUGAACUGCAACCACUAAUUGCAAGGACCAGCUGCAACGACUAACGACCAACUGAGAAUUUAUAAAUCGGCCUUAAAGAAGAAUUUCACAUAGAUGUGGCUUCAUUACCCAGAGAAACUCGGGAGAUUACCCCAUCGCUGCAGGUUGUCAAGAACUGUUGAAAAACGUCAAGAGCCUUUUGGCAUAAACGUCACACUGACAACAAACAAAUUUACGGUAAGACAUGUCUAGGAAAAAAGUGAUAGUCAGUCCCAUUUCACAAAGGAACAUUUUGAAAAAUUUUGGAUACGAAGCGGGAAAGGUAUUAGGAACGGGAACGUACAGCAAAGUGUAUGUUGUCACAGAUCAGACGCGGAAGAAGCUUGCAUGUAAGGUAGUGAGGAAAAAAGAUGCUGGGGAUGCAUUCAUUACCAAAUUCCUGCCAAGAGAACUGAAAAUCGUAGCAAAUAUAAAACAUCCAAACAUAGUGCAAGUUUACCAGGUAAUAGACACCAAACAAUCCGUUUACAUGCUUAUGGAUUUCUGUGAAAAAGGAGAUCUGUUGGAGUACAUCCGAAUGCACGGUCCAUUUGCAGUAGAAAAAUGCAAAUCAAUAUUUAAACAAGUCGUUGAUGCUGUUCACUAUCUUCAUAAUCUGGAUGUCGCCCAUAGAGAUAUCAAAUGCGAGAACGUAUUUUUGACACAGAAGGGUUCUGCAAAGUUAGGUGAUUUUGGAUUCUCAAGGUAUUGUAAAGACAAAGCUGGAGAAGAUCUUAUGUCGAAUACGUUUUGUGGUUCAAAGGCCUAUGCUGCACCUGAAAUACUACGAGGACAGUUUUAUGAUCCUAAGAAGUAUGACAUCUGGUCCUUAGACAAGUUGCCGCUGAAAUUUAAGUAUGGCGCAACAGGUUUCGCACCCGAUUGUUCAACACUUGGUUCAGCAUGUAACAUCAAGAAAUUUUGCAGUGGAAUGCUCAGGUUGAAUUGUAGGAUUAUCAUCAGUUUUUUCCGGUGUAGUUCUUUAUGUAAUGCUGACAGCCACAAUGCCCUUCGACGACACACGUCCGAAACAGAUGCUGAAGAGCCAGCUUAGCAAUUCAAUCAAAAGAGUGACCGCAUUCUGGGAUGACUGUCCCAAGAACGUGAAAGAUCUACAGGUCGCUUUACUAGAACAAGACGUCAAGCAAAGGAUAGAUAUCGCGAAUGUAGUGGAGCACAGCUGGUUCAAGGGGGAUGCUAUAAGCAAAAUUAAGCAACGAUUCUGAAAGUGGCUUCAAAAAUCAACCAACAAUUGCAUAUUUGUACCUACUAAUUUAAAUGUAACUAGUGAAAUACAAAAAAUAUUCCAGAAAUUAA